GGGAAGAACGGCCGUCCUGAGUUGCUGCUGCUGCUCCUUUUUAAUGCUGCGGUUCAGAUGGAAACCAGGCUCCUACAAACCAUUUACUUUAUUUCUAAGGAGCUGACAUGGACCGAUGCAAGACAGUUCUGCCAGACGAACCACAUAGACAUGAUUACUUGGGACAUAGUAGACCCGAACCUGCUGACUACGUGGAUGCAGAAUCGAGAACUCACUGAAAUGUGGAUUGGUUUGCAUGAGGACCCUGAGCAACAGUCAGCCUGGAGGUGGAUCAAUGUGAAAACCAAUGAAGGUUUGACGGGAGAGGAUGUUUCAGGGAGCAGUUAUUGGGCCACUCAACCAAAAACCGACUACAGCUGUGGCUCUUAUAAUAGCGCAAGAAAAAAGUGGUUAGGCAAUGUUUGCUCUGAAAUCCUUCCUUUUGCCUGCUAUGACGACAAUCUGGUGCUGUUGACUGAGAACAGGACGUGGGAGGAAGCCGUGGAUCGCUGCCGGGAAAUGUCAUCAGCUUCCUAUAAGUAUGACCUCCUGAGCAUUACAAGGCCUACUGAUUUCAGCUACAUCAGAGACCGGAUCUACAAGGUCACCAGUGAAGAGGUUUGGACAGGAUUGCGUUUCCUGGGAGGGGAGUGGUGGUGGUCCGACGGAGAGAUGUUGGACCACCAGGAGAUGCUGCCGAACUGUCCGAGCCAGUGGCAACACUGUGGCAUGCUGUCGAAGUACAACACAGCAAACUGGACCAGUGGGGACUGCUCAGAAAGAAGAAACUUCAUCUGCAAUUAUGUAAAACUACAGAAAGACCAAAACUAGCUCUCUCUCUCUGCCUUCAUAUACUCUGUGCACAUAGAGAUGUAAGCAGUCAUAUUCAAAAGGUCUGAAUAUAUUUCUAGUUGCUAGCUUCGUAAGUGUCAUAAUAAUGACAGAUAAUAUGAACACAUGUUCUAGUUUGUUGGAUAUGACUAUAUAUCUGCUCAAUAUGUCGAAACUCAGUUUUUGCAAAGGACUUCUUGUCCGCAAUAUCUGGUGAGAAUAUAUGGGAAUGGUAAUAAUCAUUAUAUCCUUCCUAUGAAUAUUUUUGGCUAGUUGAAUGGACUCUGUUGGUGUUAUUAUUCCCAAAUAAUGAUACCAGUGCUGAGAGUCUGAAUAUCAAAUCACUAAAUAUGGAGAAUCUAAAUGUACUAUAUGUUUUGGAUUUGAUUAGGACCACUCUAUUUCUUCUGCAUGGAUUUCUGUCGUAGGAUUUAGAAGAAUCACCAUUUUAAACUUGCAUUUUAUUUGAUUGUGUUUUAUCAAGUAGAAUUUUUUUUUUAAUUAAAUUAGUUCAUUUGUAUUGACUCUGAA